AUGGCCUUUCAAGUGAGGCCCGAAAUUGCAGAGUCCAAAAAGGAAUCAAAGGUGGCUGUAAUCGGACCAAGUCAGGAGACUGGCAUACAAAGAAGGAGUUGGGUUAGCAUCUUUUGGGAUGAAGAUUUUGACAGCAAGUCUCCUGAGGAGCAGAAAUUGGUCCGUAAGAUCGAUAUUGGGAUCUUGAUCUAUGCUUGUUUCGGAUACUUCGUCAAAACUCUUGAUCAGAACAACAUCAACAAUGCCUUUGUUUCUGGUAUGCGCGAAGAUCUCGGCAUGUAUGGCAACGAACUCAAUUAUGCCACUUUGAGUUUCAACGUCCCUUAUUGUGUAGUGAAGCCCUCACUAUAUCUCCCGAUUCUGGAGUUGUUCUGGGCUGUAAUUACGAUUGGAAAGGCAUUUUCCAAUACCCCACAACAACUAUAUGUAGCUCAAUUCUUCUUGGGGAUGGUAGAAGCUGGAUAUUUUCCUGGUAUCAUCUUUUUAAUUGGUGAAUGGUAUACAAAGACCGAGCUGUCUAAGAGAUUCGCUCUGUUUGCUGUCACUAGUUCUCUUGGUGCCAUGUUUUCUGGAUACCUUCAAGCUGCGGUGUACACCAACUUAAAUGGCUCAAAUGGCUUGGCAGGUUGGAAAUGGCUUUUCGUCGUCGACGGGUUUAUAUCUCUUGCAUCAGCAGUCAUUGGCUUUGUUCUCAUACCAGAUUUCCCAAAGACGACUACAUGGAGAUUUUUCACAAAAGACGAAAUUGCUUUAGCGGUUUCUCGGCUGGAAAGGGAUGGGCGACAAGAAAAGCUACGUUUUGAUUGGAGUGUCGUGAAGCGAGUGCUUGGAAGAUGGCACUUCUGGCUCUUUGUACCUCUUUAUGCCAUUUAUAAUUCUGCAUCGACUGCAUGGAGCUACUUGUCCUUCUUGCUCAAAUUUACACCAGGCUAUGCCGUAUGGCAAAUUAAUAUUUACCCCACCGGAGUUUAUGCCGUUACCGUGGUUGCUUACUUAGUAACCGGAUGGUAUGCUGAUUACUUCAACGACCGCUUCAGUGUAAUAUUUUAUCCCAUGGCUGUGUCAUUUGCCUUUGUGACUAUUCUGGCUGUAUGGAAUGUGCCAUUCAAUCUCUUAUUUGCUUCAUACUUUGGAGCUGCCGUAUCAGCCCCUAUUGCAACAUCGAUGGCAUAUUUGACUGCUAUUGUGGACUCUGAUCCGGUUGAAAGAACACUGAUCAUUGGAGCUAUGAACUCCGCCAGUUAUGCCAUAUUUAUCAUUGGACAGAUUUGGUUAUGGCCUACCGUAUCGGCUCCUAGUUUCCCUGUUGGAUACUCCUACACUGCCGCGUCGUUAGGUGUCGGUCUCGUAGUAACGAUUACCAUUCAAUAUCUGUGGAAACGUGACCUGAAGCGUGGAAUUGUACACACAGCGGAUGGGUCCUUUGUGAGACAAAAAGAGAAUCUCACCGUCAGAAAGCAGGAUGUGGAAGUUUCUAAAAGCUAA